AUGGCUCCAGCUGCAUAUUCAGAUUUAACCAAGGCUUCCAAUGAUUUGCUAAACAAGGAUUUUUACCAUUUAUCAGCUGCUGCUGUUGAUGUCAAAACAGUUGCUCCUAAUGGUGUAACCUUUACUGUCAAGGGUAAAACUACCAAAGACGACAAAAUCGCUGCUUCCGUUGAUGCCAAACACGUUGACAAAGCUACCGGUUUAACCUUGACUCAAGGUUGGAACAAUGCCAACCUCCUUUCCACCAAGAUUGAAUUGGCCGAGUUGUUGACACCAGGUUUGAAAGGUGAGUUGGAUACUUCGAUUGUCCCCAAUGGUGCUAGAAAUGCAAAAUUGAACUUUUUUUACCAACAAUCAGCCGUUAACGCUAGAUUGUUCUUUGACUUGUUAAAGGGCCCAAUCGCUACUGCAGAUUUGGUUGUUGCUCACGAUGGUUUCACCGCUGGUGCAGAAUUGGGCUACGAUAUUUCGAGCGCUAAAGUAAACAAAUACUCUGUCGGUGUUGGUUACUCAAACUUGACCUACAACUUGGCUGCUACCGCUACUUCAAACUUGUCUGUUUUCUCUGCUGCUUAUUACCACAGAGUUUCCCCAUUGGUUGAAGUUGGUGCAAAAACUACUUGGGACUCUGUUAAAUCCUCAAACGUUAAUGUUGAAUUUGCAACUAGAUACGCUUUGGACGGCUCAGCUUUUAUCAAGGCAAAGAUUGCUGAUUCAGGCUUAACUGCAUUGAGUUACACUCAAGAAUUGAGACCUGGUGUUAAGUUAGGUUUGGGUGCUUCCUUUGACGCAUUGAAAUUAGCAGAACCAGUCCACAAAUUGGGAUUCUCCUUGUCAUUUGUGGCAUAA